UUCGGUGACAACGAAUAGAUUAAGAUAUAAAUAAACAACAGUUGUUUUAAAAGAGGUAAACGCUGCGGUUUAGUUUGGUUAGAACAUUAGGUAAACGUAUGUGCAGUUUUUAGACGAUCCCUAACUAAAAAAAACAACCAUAACAGACUAGCGUACUACUUCAAAAAGUCUUUUUUUUCCUUUUUUAUCCCGCUGAGAGUAAUUAAAUGCAGUUAGAAAUGAGCGUACUGGUUUGUAUUGUUAUAGCAAGGGUUAAACGCCAAACUGUUUUGUGACGCAUGCUCGGUUUCGCCCUCUACAGUCGGGGCUCAUUGGCAAUGCGAGUCCGAGCGAAUCGCCUUAUCCAAAGAUUUCCAACCGAGAACUGAAACAGCACCAUUUUCUGAUAAACGAAAACAUCCGGAUCAGCAAGCGUGUGACGAACUCCUUAACAAACUUAUUACGGAAGGAUAAAGUGUAACACAAUGACCAGGUAGCUAAAACUGUGCGGGAUCUAUUUUUUUUUCUCCACGGGAACGUUAUGUGGAGAGGGCUCAUUGCCAUUGCUUGGAGGACAACGCCUGGAUAAGGAAGAGAAAGCAACGUUUUACUUCGGGACGGCAGUUUGUUACGGAUACUUCAUAGACAUGGUUAAUGCAGUUUGUUCUGUUCUCGCUAAAAGCGCCUUGAUGUGGCUGACGCUCCAUGCGUUCAUCGACUGCGGUGGAGGCUUAGUAACCCAGCAGACGUCUCAGCUCUCCUCAUAUGAGGUGACGGUACCGAGACGCAUCAGCAGACAGAGGAGAAACCAGGACAGUGCAGAUAAGGUGUCAUACAUAAUCCAAGCUCAAGGAAAAGAACAUGUCGUCAUCCUGGAGAGAAAUGAAUUGCUUCUUCCAGAGGAUUUCACUGUGUACUCUUAUGCCAAAGAUGGCUCGCUGGUCACCGAGAGACCAAACAUGAUGGGUCAUUGUCAUUACAGUGGUUACAUAGAGGAUGUGGAGGGCUCUUCUGCUGCACUCAGCCUGUGCUCUGGGUUAAGGGGUGUUAUCCACACGGAGGGCACCAGUUUUGGUAUUGAACCGCUGGAAGGUUCCACCACUGAUGAGCACUUGGUGUAUCGUUUGGAGGAUGUCAAGACAGAACCUCUCAGCUGUGGAACGCCUCACGUUCAUAACCAUGAUGACGAAUCUUCACUAAGGCAGCCUACAGACAGCCAUGUCCAUAACAUCACAUUUGGUCAAGCUGGCAGCCAUCUAAUCAGGAAAAAGAGAGCAGUGCUGCACCAGACGCACUAUGUGGAACUGCUAAUGGUAGUGGAUCAGGAGAGAUAUAAUUACAAAAAACACAAUCAAACAGCAGUACGUGAGGAAGUGGUUCAGAUCGCUAACUAUGUUGAUAGUAUGUACAUGCCUCUGAAUAUCCGUAUUGUGUUGGUGGGGCUGGAGAUCUGGUCUAUGCAGAAUUUCAUCAAUACUGAUGGCAGUGCUGGAGAGGUGCUGGGCCGCUUCACUCAGUGGAGAGAGAAAGAGCUGGUUCACCGUCGUCGCCAUGACAGCGCACAGCUCAUCAUAAAUAAAGGAUUUGGUGGAACAGCAGGCAUGGCUUUUGUUGGCACCGUUUGUUCCAGAAGUCACGGUGGUGGAAUUAAUUCGUUCACCAAUAAUAAUGUGAUGUCAUUCGCCUCCAUCGUGGCUCAUGAGCUGGGUCACAACCUUGGGAUGAACCAUGAUGAUGGCCGAAACUGUAAAUGCGAUGUCACGCACUGCAUUAUGAACUCAGGGGCAACUGGUUCUCGUAACUUCAGCAGCUGUAGUGCUGAUGACUUUGAGAAGAUGAUCUUGAACUCAGGUGGCCGCUGUCUGCUGAACAUACCGCGGCCAGACGAGGCGUACAGCGCCCCCUUCUGCGGGAACAAGCUGGUCGACGUGGGCGAAGAGUGCGACUGCGGGUCGGAGGAAGAGUGUCAGAAGGACCCUUGCUGUGAGCCGAAGACGUGUAAGCUGAGGUCAGGUGCUCAGUGUGCAUAUGGGGUCUGCUGCAAGAACUGCAGGUUUUUGCCUGGUGGUACAGUGUGCAGAAGCAGCAGUGAUGAAUGCGAUUUGCCAGAGUACUGUAAUGGCUCAUCUGCCCUCUGUCAGAAUGACGUCUUCAAACAGGACGGCCAUCCCUGCAAACAAGGCGAGGCUUACUGCUACAACGGCCUGUGCCAGCACUACGACACCCAGUGUCAGAAUAUAUUUGGCACAAAGGCUAAAGCUGCUCCUGAGCUGUGUUUUAAAGAUGUCAACUCUAAAGGCGAUCGCUUUGGAAACUGUGGCUACCAUUCCAGCGGAUUCAAGAAGUGUGAGAGCAGGAACGCCAUGUGUGGGAAGCUGCAGUGUGAGAACGUUCAGUCGUCGGUUAUAUUUGGCAUCAAGCCGUCGAUCAUCCAGACCCCCAUUGCUGGCACUACCUGCUGGGGUGUGGACUUCCUCCUGGGCUCUGACGUGCCUGAUCCCGGCAUGGUCAACGAGGGCACCAAGUGUGGAGAAAAUAAGGUUUGUCUGAAUUUUGAAUGCAAAAGUGCAACCUUGCUGAAUUAUGACUGUGACGUUGAAAAGAAAUGCCACGGCCAUGGGGUGUGUAACAGCAAUAAAAACUGCCACUGUGAAUACGGCUGGGCUCCUCCGUUCUGUGAGGCCUCUGGUUAUGGAGGAAGCAUCGACAGCGGCCCCACCUGGAACGAUAAAGAUACUUCCACAAGGGAUGGUCUGCUUGUGUUCUUUUUCCUGAUUCUUCCUCUCUUGGCAUUGGGUUUGUAUGUGUUCUUCAAGAGGAACGAUCUGAAGCGACGCUUUUUCAGAAAGAAACGCUCUCAGGGCUAUGAAGCUGACAGCAGACCGCAGACUACUGUGUCCCAGCGGGGAAACCCCAGCAGUAUAGUGAAGGAUGGGCACCAGGCUCAGUUAUUGCCACCAGCAGAGGUGGUUCAGACUAAUAAAUCAGCUGCUGUGCCAUCUUAUGCCACCAGACCGCCACCACCUCCGUUUGCACGACCACCUGCUCCAACCCAAAAUCUUAUGCCUCAGAGACCAGCGCCUGCACCCCCAGUAUAACACACGACCCACGUCCGACUGACAGUUGUAUUUCUGUCUGGGAUGGACGGGCCAAGUGUGAAAUGUGCAGUGGGAGGAGUCGAGGAGGAAUCAGGUGGUCGCAUCCUCUCCCCCACUUGCUCUCCCCCUCCGUCUGUAAACAGCUGUCAACUGUCAAUCAAACCAAGAGACAGUCACUGUUGCGAAACAAACCUCCUACAGAGUGCGUGAUUGGGAGCGAGAAAACUCUUUAUCCGAUUAAACACCACCCACGUGUCACCCGACAAAAGAUGUCUAUGGCAACACACCGAUCUCCUUAAUUGUGUUACGAUUCUUAUGUGCUAUAUAGGACCACUGCGACUGAUUGCACUUCAGUAAUAUCCACUGUUUAUAAGAAUGUACAGAGACCCUUUGAUCAUAGGCUGGCUUUAAAAAUAUUCAUUUGUUUCCCCUUUUUUUUAAAAAAAAAAAAAAAAAAACACUUUAUGGUGCAAAAUAUAUUUUUCCCCCAAAAAACGUAAUAUAAAGGCACAUGUGAUAAUUUAGUUUAUGAGGCAUCCUUAUGAUUUUACAAGGUUAUCGAGUCAUUAGUAUGAUCUGAGUGGCCCAUGGUAACUGCAAAUCACUUUUUUAUUGCACUGUGGCGCAUAAUAUUCAUAAUUUAGAUUUUCUCAUAUUGCAGUGCACGACAUGUCAAUGUUUUUAUCAUUUGAAAUUGUUGCAACCCGACACAGUGAUUUGAAUAUAUAAUUUUACCAUUUAUACAUUUACAUACUUUUAUUUAUAUACAACUUUUAUAGAUAAUCUAUUUUUACUUUAUUUGCCGAGUGAAAUUCUGUCCCCGAUGAGGUAAAAAUCAGGUAAACAUGAAAACUUGUUUUUGUGAUACUUUAUGUUUGACUGCUGGUUUUAUUGUGGUAUUAACUUUUUUUUUUUUUUUUUUUUUUUUCCCAAAAUACAGACAAUAACAAAAGCAAAAUAGAAGCAUUUCUCCUAUUGUUUUUAAGGGCUACAUGACUUUAUGCAUGAUAUCACAUACUAUGCCAUAAACACAAAGUCUCUUCCUUGCUGAAACUGUUAAAUAAGAACAAAAAGACCUUUUUGUCUGCAUGUUUCAUAGACUUCUCUGUUUGUGAUGACUGAAAUACCACAAGCGGUAGAGUAUGUGUAUAAAGUCAUGCACCCGCAAACAAACAAACACACACAAACCGCUGUAACAUGUCUGUUGUAGAGCACAUUGGACAGUAUCCUCAUACUAGGACUUUUCCAUCAUUGCAAAAUCAACCAAGUGCCAUACAAUACAUGUCUGAUAACAACGAGUGUUAUUUUACAUCUGUGUAUUAUGUUAAUGUGUAUGAUUGACUGAAUGGAUGAUAUUGUUAAGUUCCCCCCUCUUGCACUGCAUUUCCAUUUGUGUGUAUUAACAGGUCGAGCAGCUGGUAGCAGUUGUGGGUUCUGGAUUAUUUGAUGUUUUAUGGAUCAAGGAGUCAUUUUGGGCUACCUUCAGUGUGAUAGUGACGGUUUUGGUUUUUGCAUAUGAAAAUAAAAUCACUGGUAUGUUUUUAA